CGUAGAACACCGAUGUUCUUCAGCAUGAUCUUGGGGGCGGUGCUUCCUGCACUAUGUGCAGCCGUUCUGGGUUCAAGUCUGGUUGCAGCAACAGGCACAACGACAUCACCUUCAACGUCAGUGGAAACUCCGUCAACACAUUCCACGACAUCACCUUUAACGUCAACGGGCACUACGUCAACAUAUACGACAUCAUCUUCGACGUCAGCGGUUACAGCGUCAACAUUGACCACACCAGCAGACUGUGCUCAUUGUGCCAACAACUCGUCGUGUGACACAGAAACAAACUCAACCUGUCUCCAUCUACUCUGCGACCCUGUGACGGGCAGUUGCUAUGGUGACUGUGAAGAUGGCUGGUAUGGGGACAAGUGUGACAGAGACUGUGCUCAUUGUGCCAACAACUCGUCGUGUGACACAGAAACAAACUCAACCUGUCUCCAUCUACUCUGCGACCCUGUGACGGGCAGUUGCUAUGGUGACUGUGAAGAUGGCUGGUAUGGGGACAAGUGUGACAGAGAUCAAUACAACGAAACAGCAUCAACUACAGACUCCGGUUCCUCGUUAGGAUCGAUGAAAAUCGCCAUAAUUACGUUGUCUCUCCUUCUGGCUGCCAGCGUGGCUGUCAACGUCAUUAUUGUUGUCGUAAAAAUUAAAACAAAGUAUCGGAGACCAAAGGGUAAAGCCAUGUUUGACCUGGUGCAUAAUCAGUACAGUCCUGGUGGUCAUGAGACUAUUGAACUGAAAGCCCACAAUGCUAUCCAAAACCUUGAGUAUCAACCCAACACAGGACAGCCACAGUUUCAGGACGAUGAGUAUGAAGACCUGACGGUAGGAACUCAGAACUAUGCUUAUGAAAUACCUGUCAGAAAUACCUUUGUGCAAACGGAUCUUGCAAAGACUAACACGAAGACGUUAACUCCGCCUAUGCCGGUUCCCGGACCAAGAGCUGAUACCAGGACGUCAUCAAGACUCUCUGUUGAAUCUGGGCAACGAGAAGGUAAUGCUGUGCAAAGAGUACGAUCUGAAGAAACUCCAGUUCAAAGUCCCCUGGCUGAACCACCUCUGCCAGUACGUCCUGAACGACGUUCGAGAAACACACAUCCUGAACUUUCAGAGAGUUCAGCCGAGUUUGAUGUUGACGGCAGUGAAAAUAUCGUGAUAGCUAGAGAUUCUUUGGCCCUUCAUGCCCGGAAGAUUGGAUUGGACAUUCCUAACAGAAGGGAAUCAGGAGCUUAUACCUUACCUGACGACGGAACUAACUACUCCGUCAGUGACAUUGAGGAAGCCGUGGAAAGUGAGGAAGACGCCGACGACGGACUGUAUGAGAAUGAGGUUGUGACGGGUGAUGAAAACAAGAAGCCGCUUGACAUUGACGAUGACAGCGAUCCUUAUGAGAACGAGGACUUUAUUGACGCACAGUUCCGGCGGCUCAAAUACAAAUACGAACUGGGUGAUGGGGGAAGAACUGAUGAUGAUGGUGUUUAUGAUGAUGGUGGUUAUGAUCCAUUGAACGGCAGUACCAGUGGAGUUGACGGCAGCGAAGAUGAUGAUGAAGAACAGGGUGACACCUUCAGAAAGGCCAGCAUGACUGUGCAGUACAACAGUAAUGAUCACUUACAUGAUAUAGAGGAAGAAGAAGAAGAAGUGGAAGAGGAGGAGGAAGCCGCUGAGGAUGCAGUGGUGGAUGUAGAAUCUAGAGGACGCUAUACAGGAGAUUCGAACCGGGAAUCGGACUAUUUGAAUUACAGAACUGUUAAUGGUUUAUUUGUCAGCGUCGAUGCUAUCAUUGAUGAAGGUGAUGAUUAUGAUAAUGAGAAUUAUGAUGGUGAUGAUAGGGAUCUAUAUGAAAAUGAAAUGGUGUCGAGACGCAAUAUUGGUGGACGCGAUGCGGGCGGAGUUUCAACCCAGAGGAACUUGGAUGGUCAAGAGGAAACAUUUACUGCAGAUGUGAGUGGAGGCGAUGACAGAGACAUGGGUCAGAGGGAUGAUGAUGGUGGGUUUGUAGUAGACUCCACGCAGCCUCUGCCCGGAACGGGCGGAGAAAUAAAUGAUAUCGUGGAAGAUGAGAAGGAUGACGAGACAGAUGAGGAUGUCGUGCAGGAUGGUAACGUGAACGAUGUUGACCAGUUGGAAACGUUUCAAUCCACAGAGAAUGGAAGUGAACGUAAUCGCUCACGUCUUGAUGUUCCUUUAGAAUCACCACCCCAGCAAAACGAAGACACCGACGGGAACCACUGGCGCUCUCUUCAAAAAGUCAUUUGGCCUGAAAAUGAAAGUCCACAAAACGGAUUUGCCGAUAAUGAAUUUACUCCUGAUAAACAUACCCAUAAGUCCGGGCUCGAAGACACUCCAGCCUCUCACAAGCGUGAUGUCCGUUGGACAAUAGGUGAUUCUGAGAGUUCAGGACAAACCAUUGGAGACGAGGACUUGAAUGAAUGGUCCCAAGCCUUGGACUCCGACUUUCAACAAAAUCCUAGAGGACCUGUCGCUAUGUUUGAUUCCGAUUCUGACGAAUAUAACGUGUAGCUGAUUAACUGAAGAUACAUUUCCCCUAAUUCAGCAAUAUUGUCCGAAAAGGAAAACGUGUUCUGUGAUUCUGAUUCUAGCAAGUUUGACGUGUAGCUGAUUAGCUGAAGAUACAUUUCCCCUGACUCAGCAAUAUUGUCUCUGAAAAGGAAAAUGUGUUCUGUGAUUCCAAUUCUGGUAAAAGCUACAUGCAGCUGAUUAGCUGAAGAUACAUUUCCACCCACACAGCAACACACAGAAAACUUACAUCAUCCUUGCCACGCUUGUCAUGUUUGACCCUUGCCCCCUUGUACUAUAAGCGACAUGAUUUGUACUCUAAGGCAAUGUUAUGCAUCUCAAGGUAUUUGUGAAAAAAGAUUUCAUAUUUAAUAAUUUUGCUUCUUUGUUAACAGUUUUCUUAAUAUAUUUAUUAUGUUUCCAAUAAGAAAUCUUUCAAGUCGAUCCAUAAAUACUGAUAAACAAGGGCAUUAUUAAAGGUUAGGCAUGUGCAUUGUCAUAGCGAGUGAUAGAGGACAGUAAUUGUCCGACUACACAUUACAUUCCAAAUUCCAAAUGCUAUGUAGCCAAGACAAGUAUAACUUCAUUGUAAUCAUUUGAUGCUAAUCUCCAUUCUUAAUUCUCAUUACCACUGCAUUGUAUACUGACUUGUAAGCAAACCUGUACCAUUCUGUGACUUCAUAAAUUGCUGUGAAUGACAUUUAUAACAUCAACUCGUUAUCCCCUUGUCUGUCACCACCAAGGCAAUGCCAUUGUCUGCUUAGCUGCCCAUGGUUGUAUUUAACUACAUAAAUGUUUGCAUGCUAUCUGCCAGACAGUCUGGUAUUGCACUGCUUGUGUAAGUAGAUUUUGCAAUGUAUUCUUAACCGGCUUCUCUGUCAAAACUGCUUCAUGUCUGUAUGUAUGCCUCCCUACACCACCGAGUACAUAACUUGAUAACGGUGUUACAAUCUACACCAAAAUGACACUCUUCAUUAGAAUAAAGAAGUGUAUCGAUA